AUGAUGAAGCCAGUGGCCACAUUUCAGCAACCGCCACUGCCUUCAGCUGGUCCGGUAACAGCCAAAAAGACCGCCUCCCAAGCGACCUCGCAACAUUCGAAAGCACCUGCAAUGAGCCUGACUGAAAAAUUGCAAGGUUGGUUUACCCAACUGAGAACGUGGGUGCCAUCAGGUUUACGCUUCGAGGCCGGUCAGGAUCAUCCACCUCCAGAUCAGUCGCCCCAGGAAGUGCCGCAACCGAAUCUAGUCGAAGAGCUAUCAAUUGCGCCCUCUCUUUCAUCAUCUCAAGAGCCCGAUAUAGACUCGAUUCAAAUUGCCUUCAACAACACAUUUGUCAAUACCCACAUACAACUGGACCAAACCUACAUCUUGGUCCAUACAGUUGAUGCAACUACCGACGUUUUCGAACCAUCUAUUACGCCAUAUAAUACCCAUUCACAUAUUGAAUCUGCCCACCAUCUUUUGUUCAAGGUUUCACCUCCUAAGUUUGCUUCGUCAGCUUGUGGUCUCCGUCUCUCUGCUAGCUCAUCCAGAGAGAAGCAGGAGCGACAUCGACUUUGCCACAUUGGCGGUCUUAUCAUUGUGGAACAAAAGGACAAGGAAUUCCAGAACGAGACCGUUGCAUUUGUCACAACGGCACACGGCCUCAUUGAUUUGUUGCGCGACGUCAACGAGGCAGACGAAUUCAGCAAGUCUUCUCAAUCAUCAACCCAUACGGACUCGGAGAACGAAAAUCAUAACGAAGAAGGAGAGAGUAAAAAAACGAAGGACAAAGACAUCGGCUCAAACGAGUAUUUACACGACCAAGUUUCGGGUUCAAAUGCCGAAGACAUAGAUCACCAAGAUUCUUUCAAAGACCUUUCACUAGAAAUCGGCUCUUGGACAACAGUCGAGCCUGUUUUUCCGAUUCAGUUCACAGAGACUCGAUGGCUUGGUCCAUUACGCAACAACGGAAACUUUACAUCUGACAAUUUGGUGGCCAAUCGCGAAAUUGAGCUUUUGACUGCCGAAGAUGCUACAUGUACUGCCGAUUUUGCCCUUUUCAGCAGAAAAGGGUUCGAAGGCCUUCGCAAUUACUAUAGUGCCACGGAGCAACCAGGAAAAAUCAUAUACGUCCAGUCAUCGAUCGAUAAUGAUAGACUAUCGGAAGGAGACGCGCACUUAGUUCUGGAUCCAGAAAGAAGUAGCUCCUGUCAUUUGCUGAAGGGCAUCUUUCCCAUCCACAUUGGCAAGGCUACGUUUGAAACUCGAAGGAUCAUUAUGGAAAAACCUCUUGCCCAAGGAGCUUCCGGCAGUUGGGUCGUCAGGGGUGGCGACUUAUGCGGCUCUGUCAUCAUGAUUUCCAGAUCCGAACCUACGGCGCUCAUCAUGACUGCUGAAGACCUAUUUGAAAGCAUUCAGCGAGCUUCAAUCUCUCCUGUCACUGCAAGAGUUGCAUCGGCGUUAGAUAUGGAGAUCAUCCGCAUGCGCCCUUGGAGCCAAGUCUGGGCUCAAAUUUCGAUGCCGACGUCAUUUCAAACAGUGAUCCAGUUCUUUGACUUCUUGCCCAAGGUGUAA